UUGAAUGAUAUUAAUGUUUUAUUAAGAUACUAUUAAAUAAUUUUAAUCUAGGAAUCGUUGGUAAUUUAAGUGAAACAAUUCAUUUAAUUUCAUUAAAAGUAUAAAGAUGUAUAUCGAAAUGUUGAAAUUGAAUAAGAAAUGAGCCGUUUUUAUACGUUAUAUUGAUUGCAGAGAAUAUAUGAAUUUACUGUUUAAUAAACAUGAGUGGAUUAGAAUCUUUGGUUAUAUCUUCACUUGAUAUUCCUGAUGCCCCAGCUAAAGCAGUCAUAGCAAAAAACAACAAUGCAAGAGCACUAAGACUUGCUGAAGAAACAAGACAAGAAUUAACUGAGAUAUCGGAUAGAGUAGAACUGACAUUGCACAACUAUGAAUUUGAACAUGAAACCUGCAAUGACAGAUUAGGAUCUGCAUCCUUCAGCAAUCUAAAAACACCAACAAAAAGUUCACCAGAUGCUACCAUGGAAUUUGUAGAUGAUUUGUCUCAAUUGAUAUCAAUAAUAUCUGAUCCUUUGGCAAAGAGAAAGUAUCAGCAAUUUGUGUCCAUCUUUGUGGUUGGAUAUGAGAACACCUGCUGUUCAAGAUUAGAGCUGCUAAAACAGAUAAAUGAGUUUUUCCAUUACUAUGGAAAAGAAAAACCUCCAGAAAUUGAGUUUCCUGAUUUUAAUAUUGAUCAAGUUGGGGUAUCAGUAAGAGCUUCUCUUAAAGAAGCAGAAGAAACGCAAAAAAAGUUAAAAGAAGUUAGUAAAGAAGUUGCAGCUGUUUUGCAUAAAUUAACUCAUGACAAAAACAAAAGCUCAAAAAGGAAAUUAGAAAAAGAACUGCUUGCAUCAAGAGAGCAAAUUCUAUCAGUAACAGACAAAUUAAUGGCUGCUCAGCAAGAUUUAACAAGAAGUGAUGAAAGAAUCUCAACAGCAUUUCACCAUCUUGAAGUCAAGCAAGUGGAAAUUGAAAGAUUAAAGUCACAGGUGGAGGCAUCAAAGAGAAAACAUAGAGACACAGAAUCGCUUCAGAAAGAAGUUGAAGAAAGAGCAGCGCUUUUACAGAAUGCAAGAGAGGAGAUUUCAAAGCUCAUGUUAGACAUCUCGCAGUUGGAAGCCAAGCUUGUAAAACAAGAAGAACACCAAAGAAGUGAGAAACAAAAACAAGAAAAUACCAAAUUGGAACACGAAGCAAAAGUCAAAAGUCUGGAAGAAAAAAUAGUGUUAGCUAAAAGAGAUGUUCAAAACUUGUACGAGAAGCAAAUUUCAGAUCUGCGAUAUCAAAAUCGAACUGAGAUGGACAGUGAAAAAACCAAACACAGAAAGAUUGCAUUCGAUUUAGAAGAAACCAUACUGAAGCUCAAACGUGAUUUAGAAGAAGCUAAGAAAGAACAAGAAAACACAGUAAACAAAUUUUUGACUGAACAAGCUCAUCGCGAGAUUGAUGAAAAAGAGAAGACAUUCAAAGAUUCGGUUGCACGUGUUGUGAAUCAUGAAAAGCAGCUAAAAUCCAUUCAAGAUGUGAAUAGAUUAUUAACAGAGAAAAUGAAAGCAGAGGAGAAUGAGAAAAAAGAAUUACUGAAAGAGAAACAAAAAGGUAGACGGCCAACUGGUAAUAUAAAAACAGCUGAUGUUUCUAUACAGACUGACCUGAUAGCGCAGAGUGACACACCAAGAACAGUCGAGGAAAUUAACUUCUCUAUGGUUGCAACUGAACCAAUCAAAGACGAAGAUGCAGCGAAAAAACCGAUAGAGGAUUUAACAGCAUAUCUCGUCGAACUUCGAAGUAAGUAUAAUCAAAAUGUUAUGCUGGUGUCAAAGUUACUUAAAGAUAAGCAAAAGUUUACUGAGGAUAAAGAAGAAUUUUUGAAACAGAUAAAAGAAGCUAAUAAGUUAAAGGAAGAAGCCGAAACAGAGUUACUGGAAAGCCUUCUUGUUUUGGAACAACUAAAAAUGAACUGUAUUGAAAACCUUGAUGAAAACGAAAACAUUACAGGACUGGCAGAUUUGGGCACCAUGACAUCACCAAUGUUAGAUCAACAAAAGUCAGCUGUUUCUAUUUUAUUUCCCAAUGGAACACCUUCCAGUCAGCAAGGCAUGAGACUUGCAUCAGCACGCAGUACGUUGUCUGUGAGCGCACGUGCGCGAAGCCGUCUCAUUAAAAAUAUGCUGGAAAGCCACCCAAUAGUCACCAGUAUUGAAGAUACUUACAAUAAAAUGUUAAAACUUAAAGAAAAUUUACUUGAUUGGAUGAAAGAAGAUUCAAUGUGGGUGGAAGAAAAACAACUGCUUGAAAAUUUAAAAUUAGAAGAAAUUGUGAAGGAUAUCGAUGGAAAAGGUUUCGAAAGCAAUAUUGAAAAAAUGGUAUUCAAUUCAAGCUGGAUCAUGGAAGGUUUUCAAUCGAUAAUUCCGAAGUUGUUGAAGAAUUCCGGAAGUUCGAAACACAUGCACGAUUUUUUAACGUUCAACAACGACUAUAAUUUUCCCGCGGACAUGAUCAAACAGUUUGACUCGCCUAUUCAAGAAUUAUCACCUGAAAACGACAAGUCACGUGAAGAUUCAAACUUCAUUGGAUUGGUGGGUUACGAAACGUCGUUAACAAAAGAAAUAUUAGAUGGCAAGGACGGACCGCUUGCAAAUGAUUAUAAAGUUUUGAUAUAUAAACACGGGAAGUUAGAACAGGAGUACAAAAGAUUGGUUGGAAAACUAGAAUCCAUGACUCAAAUGCACGAAUACACAAUGCAACAGAGUACUCAGAAGACUCGAGAAAUGCAAGUAACAAUAGAGCAAUUGGAACUUCAACUGUCACGUCUCAAUCCAGAAAUUCGUUUGAAGGAAGAAGAAUUCAUUUUUACACGGCUUGACGUCGAAUAUAAUCAACAAAUGUUAAGGCGUGGCUUAUACCAGCGUCGUUUGGACCAGCAACUUGUUAGAGACAUAGAUGAAACAAUGGAAGAGUAUGUGUGUAUACCUCUAACGCGGUUGAUUCGCCUCGUACGAAGAUAUGUUCAUCACACAAAGAUGAAGAACAUCGAAAAGGCCGUCGAAUCUUUGGGAUUACCAGCACAUGACGUAAAAGUUGCUAUGCAACAAAUGGAAUGUCUACAGAAUGUACGGAUUUCAAGAUGGGAUUUAUCGUCAGCUGAACUGGCCAGUAAACGUAUUCGUUUAGCGAAGGUGUUACUGGAACGGCUAAGAGAUUUAGAAAAGCAGUCAGGAAUUUUUUUGAUCAAACCGUAUAAAACGUGGCAGUCAAAUAGUACAAAUGGGACUAACGAAAAAGCGUGCAAGGAAAACAAACCUGUAAAAAUGUGUUCUUCACACUCAAAAAGUGGAAAUAUCGAUCAAUUUGGAAUUCAAUCAAAACGUCUCCUACUGAAUAACAACCCAACAUUUAUUUGGAAGCCGGAUGUAUCAACUACUGCUGACACUCCUUCGCAGAUGUCAAGAAUACCUAAAAUACUUGAACUUGAGGUGAACCGAGCGAUGUACUCUGAAAAUCAAAUCAGCUUUCCUUUACAUCCAGCUAAGUUCCGCACCCAGAAGGACAACCAAUUGAAUUUGAUCUCAUACAUGACUGUAGAUCGACCAAUAGGAAUAACAGACACAAAGGGUAUCAAAUUGGAGACAGUUGAAAAUGGUAUCUUAAAACGUCCUCGUGCUUUACCUGCAUUGAAGCAGCGUGUAUCGCUUCUGACUGAGGAAUGACUAAUUGAUAAACACAAAAGCAUGUUCUGAUGUCAUAUCUCCAAAGUUACUGAAUCUAUUGUCUGCUACUGGUGAAACACAUUGUGCACUGAUUUAUAUUCAUAUUCUCUACUCAUAAAAACAAGCAUAACGAAUUACGCCUUCACUUAGCCGUACUGUUACACGUUGACUUAAACUACAGACUGUGAAUGUUUUACCAGAAAAAAACGAGAAUUUUUGCCUUAUUUUAAUUUAUUUUAUGACUUUUAAAGUCAAA